GCUGAUGGGUGGGGCUGGGUUCCCUCCCUGUUGGUUGUUUGGCUUGAGGCGACCCAGCCCUGGAGCCUACCUGGCUCUUUGGUGGGGCUAAUGGCAGACUCUGGGUGGGCUCACGCCAAGGAGUACUUCCCAGAACUUCUGCUGCCCAUGUCCUUGUCUUCAUGGCGAGCCACAGCCACCCCCACCUCUGCAGGAGACCCUCCUACACUAGCAGGAAUGGUACACUCAAAAAUACUUCCAGGGGAAGCUAAAUUAUGCCUAAAAGCUAAGUAUCUUGGAAGGACAACUAUAUCUUCCCUUGAUCUUUGGUACCUAAGGACCCCUGAAUCACAGAUAUUACUCAGUAUGACUCUUUCUACUAUGGUUAUUUUUAAUUUGACAAAGGAUCAGAGGUUGGUGUAUUCUGGCAGACUGCUUCCCGAUCACCUGCAGCUGAAAGACAUUCUCAGAAAACAAGAUGAGUAUCAUAUGGUUCAUCUAGUAUGUACUUCUCGGACUCCUCCCAGUUCUCCAAAAUCUAGCACCAGUAGACAAAGUCAUGAAGCAUUGACAUCCAGCAGCAAUUCUAGUUCAGAUCUGUCAGGAUCAUCAACUCCAUCAUCCAGUCAAGAAACCUUGUCUUUAGCUACCAGUUCGUCCUCAGAAGGAUUGAGGCAACGAACCCUUCCACAAGCACAAACCGACCCAGCACAGAGUCAUCAGUUCCCAUAUGUAAUGCAAGGAAAUGUAGACAACCAGCUUCCUGGGCAGGCUGUUCCGGCUGGAUUCCCUGUGUAUCCCGCUUUCAGCCCACUGCAGAUGCUAUGGUGGCAACAGAUGUAUGCGCAUCAGUAUUAUAUGCAAUAUCAAGCUGCAGUUUCAGCUCAGGCCACAUCAAAUGCCAACCCAGCCCAGCCUGCUGCUUCACAGCCUCUAAAUCUGGCACACGUUCCCGGAGAAGAACCCCCACCAGCUCCAAACCUAGUGGCCCAAGAAAAUCGACCCAUGAAUGAGAAUGUUCAAAUGAAUGCACAGGGAGGUCCAGUGCUAAACGAAGAAGACUUCAAUCGAGACUGGCUAGACUGGAUGUACACGUUCUCACGAGCUGCAAUUCUCCUUAGCAUUGUGUACUUCUAUUCUUCUUUUAGUCGGUUUAUCAUGGUAAUGGGAGCCAUGCUACUGGUUUAUUUACACCAAGCUGGAUGGUUUCCUUUUAGGCAAGAAGGAGGUCAGCAACAGGCUCCCAACAAUAAUGCCGAAGUCAACAAUGAUGUGCAGAAUGCAAACAAUCUAGAACUUGAAGAAAUGGAGCGUCUUAUGGAUGAUGGGCUUGAAGAUGAGAGUGGAGAAGAUGCAGGUGAAGAUGCCAGUGCAAUUCAAAGGCCUGGAUUAAUGGCAUCAGCUUGGUCUUUUAUCACCACCUUCUUUACUUCACUAAUACCAGAGGGGCCUCCCCAGGUUGCCAAUUAGACCUGAAAAACUGUGCCAGUUGCAAAGGAGGGUCUGAAUUUAGGAAAGUGUUCUAAAUAACAGUGCAAUUUCAAAAAAAUUUAUUACUUUCUUUUCAUCAUCAUGUAUAGAGGUGUUUUUUUUUCUUUAAGCUUCUCAUGCAUAUGAAUAUUUUAAGCACAAAUGGACUACUAAAUGUGUGAUUUUUUUUAAAGAUCUUAACAGAACAUAGCAUAAUAUUGGUCUUCCAGGUUUUAUUAAUUUCAAUUAUGUAUAUUAUACCAAGACAGACCUGUUUGUGUGUCUUCUUUAAAGAGCUGCUUCACAUAUAAAUGUCUAGCUAAUAUCUCAGCCCUUCAAUGUAUAAUUUGAAUACAUAUAUCUAUUUUCUGUGAAUUAUCCUGAAAGUUUUAAACAGAAUGACCUCAUAGUUUUUAACAAAGAAUAUUAUUUACCUAAAAUGUGCUAGUAGCAUCUUGCCCAGCCAUAAAGCAAUAAACUUCUCAAUAAUCUUAAUUUUGACAUUUGAAUAAAUGGAAACUUUCUAUUUUAAGGGCAUAUCCCAUCGAUUGGAAUUAGUACCUUAAAAAAAAAAGGCAGCUCUUCAAUGGAAUUAAUAGUGAUAUAAAAUGUUUGAUAUAGGCAGUACUUUUAUAAAAUAAGAUUCUGGAAAUUGCUCCCUGUAAUUUUUUAAAAUAAAAGGUCAAUUAUGGUAAA